AUGGAUGGAUUUAAAUUAUGGUACUCAGAAGGCUCAAGGGACAGGAAUAGAGUAGGUAUUCUAGUCAACGCAGACCUUAAGGAAUAUGUGGGAGAGGUAAAAAGGAUCAGUGAUACGAUCAGGCUUUUUGUGAAUGUUGUUAGUGCGUAUGCACCGCAUAUGGGUAUGGAUAAAGAAGCCAAAAGGCUCUUUUGGGAGGAUUUGGAUGAAGUAGUGAGAGGUAUACCUAGUAUCGAAAAGAUUUUCAUUGGUGGAGAUUUCAAUGGUCAUAUCUGUACAACUUUUAAUGGUUUUGAUGAUGUCCAUAGAGGCUUUGGUUUUGGGAAAAAGAAUAGCGGCGGGGUUUCUCUAUUGGAGUUUUUCAAAACUCUUGAGUUGGUUAUUGCUAAUUCUUGUUUUUUUGAAGAGGGAUAA